GGGGAAUGGCGGAGCGUCGUGCAGGCCCUCCGCGCCCACCCCGCUGCUGCGGGAGAAGUCGGGGGACCCGUGUCUUACCGCGCUGUUUUGGCAUGGAAACGCUGCCCGGGGGAGGGGGGUGGUCUUCUGGCGUGACGUCAGGCCCGCGUGACGUCAGGCCCGCGUGACGUCAGGCCGGCGCGGCCCGGGUUCCCUCGGCUGCCGUGGGGGGAGUGUGGAUGUACAUCGUGUUUCCCGGUGCCUCGAGCAGCCCAGCUCCAGCGGGGUUUUUCCACGAGCGAGCUUGGGCGCGGGUGGGGCCGGGGCUGCUGGGGACAGGGGUCUCGUUCGGGGGAGUUUUGUGCCUGAUCGGUUUUAGCUGACAGAGGGAAAAACACACUUGUUCUCAUGUGCAGCCGAUCCCGUGUCCUUCAUGAGUUACCCUGUGACAUGUGUCAGGCAGCCAAGGGACCGCGUACACGGCAAAACACCAUGUUCUGGCAGGCAGCCAUGCGUGGGUGAGAUCUCCUGUGGGUUUUUGGGCUGUGGGUGCAGCCGCUCCCCCGAGAGCCUUUGCUGGUGCUGGCAGAGGGUGAACCCUCCCUGCGGCCUCCCCCACGCUGGGAACAUCGGUAAAGACUCUUGUCAAGGCCGCACCGUCUGUUUUCACAAACUUUCCAGGAUUUAAUGUCUUCAGGGCUCUGCCAUGUGCUGCUCCCAGAUGUGAAAGAGGGUCAGAGGGGCCUCGUGGGUUCCUCACAGCAGCCUUGUUUCUGCAAGACACCGCUCUGCGAGUAGGAAGUUGGAUUUCCAGUUUCCACUUCUAAUAUUGAUGGUCUUGAAAGUGCAUUUGGAUCCACGACAUCUUCUAUCACUGAACAAAUCAAGAGCCUCCUCUCCUAUCGCAAAGCAAUACGGACAGCUUAAUAUCAUAUGACCUCAUUUCUCCAAAUUAAAUGAAAAAAGAAUUUUCUCUAGUUUUCCAUGAAGCUCAGCUAUUGCCUGUUAAUUUUGACUGUUAGUGCUGAUCUUUCAAUUGGAUUUACACCAGAAAAUGUAGCUUUUAACAGGACAGUUGCUUUUGGGUCUUUCAAUGCAUCACUUCAUACAGUGUCUCAAGCUUUAGUAAGUUCUCCAGCACACCAUGAUAUCAUAGCCAAAGAGGGGACCAGUAUUUUAAUUGAAUGUAGACUGAACAUCAGCCAGUAUGAAUAUAUUCUUUGGUAUAACUCCAGAGGACACCUGCUUGAACAGAAAGAUGAAGGUGGCCGGUGGAGGAUUGCCGAUAAUUCCCUUAACAUCACAAAGGUCAACUUUGCUGACCGGGGGCGAUAUACAUGUGCAGGUGUUAAUCAUAAUGACACCUUGUAUUACACAGUCACCCUGAGGGUUAUCUUCACCUCAGGAGACAUGAGUAUUUACUACAUGAUUGUGUGCCUCGUUGCCUUUGCUAUCACCCUCGUUUUAAACAUAACCCGUCUGUGCAUGAUGAGCAGUCACCUCCGCAAAACAGAGAAGGCUAUCAAUGAAUUCUUCAGGACGGAAGGGGCUGAGAAGCUUCAGAAGGCUUUUGAGAUAGCCAAGCGUAUCCCUAUCAUUACAUCUGCCAAAACACUAGAGUUGGCCAAAGUCACUCAGUUUAAGACCAUGGAGUUUGCUCGGUACAUUGAAGAGCUUGCCAGAAGCAUUCCCCUUCCACCUCUGAUCCUUAACUGCCGGGCGUUCAUGGAGGAGAUCUUUGAGGCUGUGCGAGUUGAUGAUCCUGAUGAAGUUGGGGAGGAGGAAAAACAGACCCAAACCUGCGGUACCCAAGCUGCGAUAUACCCCAUCAACCCAGAGAUCAAGCGCAGCGAUUCACCAGCUGGGGAUUCAGACGAUGGGUCCAUGAAUGAGCAAGGUCAAGAGAUAGCCGUUCAGGUGUCCAUUCACCCACAGUCAGAAGUGCAGAGCAUUGACACUGUUUCUCAUGACAGCUGCCAGUUUGCGCCUUCUGAGGAAGGCACCUGCUGAAUCCAGCGAUAAGCUGUUGUGAAGGAAGCACAGGUGACCCUAGGAUACUGCAAGAAAGGGGUCUGCAAACAAGCUGCCUCAGUCCCAUGUGCACAAGUUUUCCAAAUUGCAAGGUGCCAGAACUGCUACUGAAAUCUGUAUUUUCCGUCAGUGUUGAUCUAACGAUUUCAAGUCUGUUAGAGAAGGCCAUUUGGAACAUUGUGCAGUGGCUUUUCUUUUUAAAGCAAGCUUGCUAUAUCUAAAAUAUUUACAAAACAGGAAUUCUUUCUCCUUGGCUCCUUGGUAGCUUCUGAUACUUCUGAUCUGUAUUAGAAGUGGCCAAGCUGAGCAGUACAACUUGCAAUAAGAUCUUUUCAUUUGUGAAAUCUUUCUUCCUUCACAAAGUGAGCCGGAAUUCAUUUGAGUCAGUGUUGUUGUCCUGAUGAAUUGAGUUGUGUACUCUUUUUGAAUUGCCUCUUGGUGCGUGUAGCCCAUCAGAACCAUGGUGAGCUUGAACAAAUCUGUUUUGUGUCGUGUGCUUCUAUGUUGCUAUCAAAAUGUACUGUACUUAGAAAAAGAAUAGUACCAGGAUCUGCUGCUGGAUUAAACGAAUUGUAGUUUCAAAGCAGCUUAGAGAACAACCAGGGGGUCUCAGUUUUCCAUGCAUCUGCAGAAAACUUGCACGUACUCUAGUGCAUGGAGAGCGAAUUGUUGUUACAAAGCUUGUCGCUUAAACUUGGUGCUGAUUACCAAAGCGCCUUACCCUGGUUCUGUCUUACAGAAUGGAGCAGUAACAGCACUGCCAGCACUGUCUGCCUUUUGACUUUGCUGAUUUUACUCACUAUAGAAAAUCCAAAGUUUUAUAUUGUAUUUGAUAUUGUUGUGAGAAAACAAUGACAGUAAUACAUAGUGGCAUAAUUUAAAAAUGAAUUCAUCUACAGAUCAGGUGUCUCAGGCACUUCUUUCUGAACAACAUUAUAAUAAAGGAGGUGAAAAGUAGUGAUAACUUGCUUUGCUCUGGCUAGUGCUUUCAGAAAGCAGUGGAAGCGGGAGUGGUUAGCAGAGGGGCUGGCUGAGCUGUUUGCCAGCCACUGUUUACAGGAGUGGAGUAACUCACUGAACGUGCCCUGUCUCAUCCGCUGAAGAGGUGUGGCAGAAGGGAGAGGUGCAGGUGCUGACAUACAUACACACGUUAAGUGCUUCACCGAGGAUCUCCCGCAUGGCUUCCUCAGCUGUAGAGAUCCAGCCUUGAGGAAUCAGAGUG